CUGUGAUAUUCAUUUUAUAGUUAAUGUUCUCCUAGUCUAGACUGCAACAAAGUUUUUAGCUGUACACCUUUAUAAAGACUAUUUCACUGAAACGUUGGGGCAAUUUUCUUGAUUAUUUCUCUCUUCUCACCACUGCUUUUAUCUUUUAUUUUUUUGCGGGCUAAUCAGAAAUAUUUGACUUUGGGGACUAUGGGAAAGAAAGAGGAAGCAAACAACUGUUCAGAUCAUUAUAUUAUCCAACCAGGUCAGGACUCCCUUUCUCCUGGAUGCAGGGAAUUGACUCAGGCAGUGCGUAUCCAGCAGCGCUCUCUGGAGCAGAAGAUGCAGAGCUGUCUGGAAGAGCUGCGCCUUCUAUGUUUGCGGGAGGCAGAGCUUACAGGUGUCUUGCCUAAGGAUUACCCACUAAAAGCUGAUGAAACACCCCCCAAAGUCCGGCGAAGGGUUGGAGCUCUGUUUAAACUGGAUGAGCAAGCAAUUCAUUACAGGAAGGAGGAUCCACUCAGCUCCUUGCAAACCGAUCUUGCUCUGCAGAGACAGAUUACUGAGGCAGCACGUCGUUUGUACAUGGAAGAGUCACUGUCUAAACACGUUCGGCAUCAGAGAAAGGUAGCAUUAAAAGAGGCAAAACAGAAGCUUUUAGCUUUAGAAGACAGGCUAAACCAAGAACGCAGCAUGCGAUUAGAAGAUAGCAGUGUCUCUGAAUCCAGCUCCUUGUCGGAUGUCACAACUUUGGAAGAAGCAGAUGAAACCCAUCGAGUGUCUUUCUCUGUACUUUCUUCUGUCACCCGGCCCCUUCCACCACAGACACUGGAGGGACUUUGCCCUGCCUGGAUUGCAAGUGAAACUGAGAAAAACCCACUCCAGAAUAGUCCCUGGAGAGAAUCUAGUCUUGAUCUGCCAUAUGAAAAGCCAAACAGGAGUUUAAAUAAUUCUAGAAGCCACAGCAGUCCUGCUGUUACCCCUUUACCGAGUCCCCAAGAAGUAACAUGUGACAAUCUAAAUGGCUCUCAAAAUGUGAACAAAAUUACAUUAACUAUACAAAGCAGCCCUGAAAACAACAACAGGAAAGGUGUCUCCCAGUCUGUUAGAGUCCAAGGCACCCAAGAAUUAUGUGAACCAAGAGGACGCAGUUUAUGUCGUCGGGCAACUAGCUUUAACACACAAUCUAAUUCUUUAUACUCUCUCUCCCUCUCGAACCCUAUGUACACCUCCUCUAACCCUGUGUACUCUGCCUCCUCUGAAACACUUUUUGAGUUACCCAAUGCACCACCUUCCUAUAAAUUAGCCUACUGCCCUGUUGCCUCUCCUGGAGAGUUGCUUAAAGUUGUCCACAUACCUUCUGGUAGGGAGCACUUUACUUUGGAGGAACCACCAAGGCCUGACAUUACUGAGGAACUGCGUUGCUGGCAUAUUAGGGCCAGUAUGAAUGGAGCCAAUGCUUUAAGGCCAAGGUCACUAGAUAGACAGGGGGCCAUAAGACUACGCAAUCACUCAUCCAUGAGCCAGCUCUCUCGUUCACAGACACAGAAAGUACAAGUAUCUCAUCGGCAUGUACUUAGGAGAACAGCAGAAGGCGCCCCUCUUCAGUGGUAUGAUCCAGAGGAGGCUCAAAUUAUCAGUCAGGUUUAGAGACUGCACAAAUAUGUGAAACUCCAAAGAGAUGUCUCUGCAGUAAAAUUGCCAGUUUCUUGUAUGAAAAACUAUUUUUCUGCUGGACAGAAGAAUUUUUUUUACUUGCUUUUCUUGCAUUGCACAGCACUAUUGCAGACUCUUAGCAUAGAGGUAUGGAGUAACUGAAUGUUUAUUGAUGACAGCUAGCAAUUAACAAAUUUAAAAAAACUACUGGUGAAUAUUUGUGUUACAUUCAGUCAGAAGUGGUAUACAAUGUAUAAUGAUUGAAUAUUGCAAAUAAAUAAAAAUGGAGACCAAUAUA